UCAGUUUUGCUCUCCGUGCACUCUUUAAAUUUCUUGGAGGGAGAAUCCAGUCUAAAGAAUUUAAAGAGCGCAAACCGGCACGAACAGAGAUAUUGUAACAAAUCUGCAAAAUAUAUAUUUGGAGAGAUCAUUUCAUCAUUUACGGUACAAGCUGAAUUGGACAAUUAUAUUAUAUUUUGUUGACAUUUUCGCCAGUUUAAAUAAAUUUUUUGGCCUAUUGAUCAACAAAAUUUUAAUUUGUAUUGGACUGCGUUGAUAGCCCACGGAUUAUAUCAAAGAUGUUAACAGAUGCUCGCUUCAAAUUCGCUCUUGAAUGCCUGAAGAAGUGUAUCAUGAUGAAGCCGAAAAAUAAUAUUUUUUUUAGUCCGCAUCUCUUAUAUCAUAAACUACUCUUGGUAUAUUUCGGUGCUCUCUACGAUUUGGAAUGUACUCUUAAAGAGCUCCUCCAUAUUCCUGACACAUCAAAACGCAUUAUUGAAGAAUAUUAUGCCAAUGAAGGAGGCAAUCAUUUUUGUUACGUAGAAAAUGGAUCCAAUAACUCCUAUACGUGUCGAAUUUAUUAUAAAAUUAUGAUUGAUACCUCAAAAGAGUUGUUUAUUGAUACACUGACUUUACAUUCAGCUACUAAUUCUGUGAAGGAAUACACUUUCAAUAUCUAUGCCGACCUCGUAAGAAAUUUCGUCAAUAAUAUUGUUACGUGCACGACGCAAAGGUACAUAGAAAAUUUGCUACCACCGAAUAGUAUCGAUAAAAAUACUGAAAUAAUCAUGUUGAAUACGAUCUACGUUGAGGGUCAAAAUCAUAAAGAAAAUUAUGAUGAUCUUGAUGAACUUCACGAGGAUACGCUUUUAGCCAAACACAUUAAAUAUAAAUCUGAGCAUCUAGAUGCAUUUAUUACAGAGGUGCCUUGCAAAGAAAAGAAGAUAACAACAUUUUACUUGUAUCCAGCAAACCAGUCGGAGUUGGAAGAAGAUAUUUUAAGAGAGAUUGAAAAACUGAUCGAAUUGGUAGAACAACUAACGACCGAAGAAGGAUCUCAAGAACUUCGUAAUUUGCUAGAUAAUGGGGUAAAUGGAGUGGCGUUUCCAAUUGUAAUCAAGAAUACCGUGAUCGAGCAUGACCUGCCAAUAUAUGAACUAUUCGACAAGCUAGGCAUUCCAGAUUUUACGCCUGACUUAUGUACGGCCCAAAUAGAUGAUUAUAGUUUUAACAGUGUGAAACUUGGCGACAUCAUACAUCGUGUCAGUAUUAAUAUGACGAGUAAGAAUAUCGUGGCGACCGCGAGUAACGUAUUGUUCACUUACAAUGGUUAUAAACACACGCCAAAAAUCCCCGAAGAUGCGAAUGUUGUAUUCCCGUGUAUCUGCUUGAUUUACGAUAGAAUACAUCGCAACAUGCUUUUCUGUGGCAUAUUAUGGGAAAGGAACUAACAGAAAGUAAAAUCGUAGAUAUUUAUGAGGAAG